AUGCCAGAUAUUCGAGGUUUUUGUGGGAACAUGGAACAACAGAAGGAUCCAAAUAGAAGAAGAAAGAUCAUGGAGUUGAUUACCAUACAUUCUGGAAGAACUUUGGUGUUGUCUAUAUGUUCAGCGUUUCUGAGAGAGUCCUUUGGACUUCCCUGUUAUUUCCAAAGAGACCAGAGACGGAUGACAAAAGUUCUGCGUGCUAUUGAUGCUCUUGAAUGA